AUGAGUGUACGAGUAAGAUCAAGAUCUAGAGGAAGGGGAGAUGGUCAAGAGUCUUCUGAUACGGCUGAAACUGUGGCUGCCCAGAAACUAGGUGGCAAAAAACCUCAACGCAGCGAACCACCAGCUCAGAAUGUAGACAUUGAACCUGGACAAGAGAAAGAAGGAGGAGCAUCUGUGGUUCAAGAACCUGAAUUGGAAGAUCCCCGCCAGGAAAUGGAUGUGGAAAAGAUUGAAGGUGAGCUUGGAGGUGGCCCUGAUGUGAAAGGGAAGAUUCCACCUAAUGUGGUGCCUGCUAAAAUUCCGGAAGGAGUGCUGGGGGAGGCUGCAUGGACGAAGGGAAGGACGGAGAGAGGGGAGGAGACGAUGAAAGGGGUCAGAGCAGCGAUUGGAGCCGAGAACUGGAAGCGCCUUAAAGAGACUGCGCGGUCCCCGCCCCCCUUCCCGCCAGCCUCAAUGAAUUAG